GGGGGGUGUUGGUCCGUUCAGGGCGGGGGAUGACUCACGGCCCAUCCCAUCUCCCCGACGCCGCCCGCCCGCGCAGAGCUCACUCCAUGGCUUAGCGGAGGAGGCGGUGGCGAGCGGGGGGAGGGGGACUCUUAUUUUGUUAGGGGGACCGGGCCGAGGCCCGACUGGCCUGGCAGGGCUCGCCCGGGGCCGGGCGUCAUGUCUCAUGCGGCCGAGCCAGCUCGGGACGGCGUAGAGGCCAGCGCAGAGGGCCCUCGAGCCGUGUUCGUGCUGUUGGAGGAGCGCAGGCCGGCCGACUCGGCCCAGCUGCUCAGCCUGAACUCUUUGCUUCCGGAGUCCGGGAUUGUUGCUGACAUUGAAUUAGAAAACAUCCUUGAUCCUGACAGCUUCUACGAGCUCAAAAGCCAACCCCUAUCACUUCGCUCAAGCCUCCCAAUAUCACUGCAGGCCACACCAGCCACCCCAGCUACACUCUCUGCAUCAUCUUCUGCAGGGGGCUCCAGGACCCCUGCCAUGUCGUCCUCUUCCUCCUCGCGGGUCUUGCUGCGGCAGCAGCUAAUGCGGGCCCAGGCCCAGGAGCAGGAGAGGCGUGAGCGCCGGGAACAGGCUGCAGCCUCUUCCUUCCCCAGUCCUGCACCUGCCUCUCCUGCCAUCUCUGUGGUCGGCGUCUCUGCUGGGGGCCACGCAUUGGGCCGCCCUCCCCCUGCUCAGGUGCCCAGGGAGGUGCUCAAGGUGCAAACCCAUCUGGAGAACCCAACGCGCUACCACCUGCAGCAGGCGCGCCGGCAGCAAGUGAAGCAGUACCUGUCCACCACCCUUGGGCCCAAGCUGGCUUCCCAGGCCCUCACCCCACCGCCGGGGGCUGCCAGUGCCCAGCCGCUCCCUGCCCCCGAGGCUGCCCACACUGCUGGCCCCACAGGCAGUGCUCCCAACAGCCCCAUGGCACUGCUCACCAUCGGGUCCAGCUCAGAAAAGGAGAUUGAUGAUGUCAUUGAUGAGAUCAUCAGCCUGGAGUCCAGUUACAACGAUGAGAUGCUCAGCUAUCUGCCCGGAGGCACCGCUGGGCUGCAGCUCCCCAGCACGCUGCCUGUGUCAGGGAAUCUGCUUGAUGUGUACAGUAGUCAGGGUGUGGCCACACCAGCCAUCACCGUCAGCAACUCCUGCCCAGCUGAGCUGCCCAACAUCAAACGGGAGAUCUCUGAGACAGAGGCCAAGGCCCUUUUGAAGGAGCGACAGAAGAAAGACAAUCACAACCUCAUUGAGCGUCGCAGGCGAUUCAACAUUAACGACAGGAUCAAGGAGCUGGGCACCCUCAUCCCCAAGUCCAGUGACCCGGAGAUGCGCUGGAACAAGGGCACCAUCCUCAAAGCCUCUGUGGAUUACAUCCGCAAGUUGCAGAAGGAGCAACAGCGCUCCAAAGACCUGGAGAGCCGGCAGCGAUCCCUGGAGCAAGCCAACCGCAGCCUGCAGCUCCGAAUUCAGGAGCUAGAACUGCAGGCUCAGAUCCAUGGUCUGCCGGUACCUCCCACCCCAGGGCUGCUCUCCCUGGCCACAACUUCAGCCUCUGACAGCCUCAAGCCAGAGCAGCUGGAUGUUGAGGAGGAGGGCAGGCCAGGCACAGCAACGUUUCAUGCAGGGGGGGGACCUGCCCAGGGUGCUCCCCAUCAGCAGCCCCCAGCGCCCCCCUCGGAUGCCCUUCUGGACCUGCACUUUCCCAGCGACCACCUGGGGGAUCUGGGGGACCCCUUCCACCUGGGGCUGGAGGACAUUCUGAUGGAGGAGGAGGAAGGGGUGGUGGGAGGACUGUCGGGGGGUGCCCUGUCCCCACUGCGGGCUGCCUCUGAUCCCCUGCUCUCUUCGGUAUCCCCCGCUGUCUCCAAGGCCAGCAGUCGCCGCAGUAGCUUCAGCAUGGAGGAGGAGUCCUGAUCAGGCCUCACCCCUCCCCUGGGACUUCCCCACCCAGGAAAGGAGGACAAGUCAGGAUGAGGCCCCGCCUUUUCCCCUACCCUCCCAUGAGACUGCCCUGCCCAGGUGUUCUGGGGGAAGAGAUGUGAUAAGGCCCCACCCCUGUAACCAGGCAAGGAGGAGGAGUCAGAUGAGGCCCUGCCCCUUUCCCACAGGACCUGCCAGUGCAGGUACUUCAGACAUGGAGAAGGCAGUGACAUCAGGGCCUGUCCCAUAGAGAUCACAGCCUCGCCCCUGCCCCGUGGGACCCACCCUUGCCCAGGUGAAGGAAGGAGACAGGAUGAGGUCGGCCCCUGUCCUCUAGGGACUGUCCUAGCCAGGUCUCUUGGGAUUAGGAGGUGUCAGGAUACUGCUCCAGCCCCUCUCUGGAAACCACCAGUCUAGUCCAUCCUGGCGAGGAAGAGGAGUCAAAAUAAUGGAGGUCCCACCCUCGAGGUUUAAGCCCCGCCUCUUCCCCAUGAGCCCUACCCUGCCCAGGCAGGAACAGAAGUGAGGAUGAGAGCCGGCCCCUUCACCUGGGAACUUAGUCCUGGCCCUCUGGCAGUGGAGGAGCCAGGCCCUGCCCCUUCCCAAUAGGAACAGCCCAGCGCAGGUGUUUUAGGUGUGGAGGAGUCAGUAAGAUCAGGCCACCGAGUGGAGAUACCAGCCCUUGUCCCUUAGCAACAUCCCAUCCCACCUGAGCAUUCCACACUGCAGGGAAGAGUGGUACUUAAGCUCCCCUGCCUUCACCUGGGACCAACGGGACUUAACCUAGGAGGACUCUGAGCCGACCUUGCCCUUGGAGAAGGGGGCAGAUCUUGAAAUCUUGUGGAUUGACAUUCCAGACCUGGAUCAGGAGUUAGACCCGCGCUUGGGCAGAGUCUUGCCUCCUUGCCUGAAGGGCAGUUUGGGGAGGUGAUGGGGAUUAGGGGGUACUGAGUCCGGGUUCCCAGAACCAGCACCCCAGUACUCUUCUUCAACGUGUAGAGGAACAGGAUGAAGGAAAGGGCCUUUCUGGGGACUUCCUCAGCACAAGAAAAAGUGGAAGCCUGUCCCACCAAGGCAGAGGCUUGGAGGGAGGGUUGCAAAAGCAUAUGUACCCCCUCUUUUGUUUAUCUGAUUUUUUACUGACGCCCUACUCAGAAGCUAAGUCACCCCCGACCUCCAGCCUCCACCCAGUUCUCCAUUUGGAGGAAUCCUCCCCACUUCAGAGUUAUCAAGAGGCGUUCCCCACCCAUCCCCACCCCUCCUACCACAUAGACUCAAGGUCAUCAGCUUUGGAUUGUUGGGGUCAAGCCCCAAGGAGGGUGUACUGAGAGGUCUGUAGGUUUGUGAUUAAAAUAAUAAAUGCUAGGCGUGUUUGAUGCGCUUUUAACUUUGGCAAAGAGUCUCCUGUCCUUGCUUUGACUGUGCAGCAAACCUCCACGCAGGCUGGGAGGAAGAAAGGUUCUCGGAAGAAACAGAUUGCAGAGGGAUCGAUAAAAGAAUGAGAGAGGCCGGAGGAAAACAACCUGCACACGAAACCCAUCCGUUCUCAGCUGCCCGCCGGUGCCUCCUGACUGCUGCGAGCGCUCCACCUCAUCGAGGCUGAGGGAUGUUCAUCAAGAAAGUACGCGGCCCCAUUCCCAUUUCCUCUUUGAAGAAGCCGAGGAAUAGAAUUUAAGUAACUGUCUGAGAUGUGCAGCUAGUAAAGAUGAAGAGCUGAACGGUAAAGUUAGCUGAGUGAGGGCUCCAGUUUGAAAAAUGUCACUGAGGGCAGAGGAGGCAAAGAAGAUUUUCUUGCAAGUUGGCGUCUGGAAGUGUAUGCAGAUGUCUCCCAGCAGACAGUAGAGGUACUCCAGACGGUGGAAAGCGCAAAGACAAACACCAUGAAGGCAGAGGAACAGGCAGGCAACUCGAUUUUGGAACAGAUGUUGACUGUUGGGGAGAGUUUAAAAGGAGGGAAACAGACACAAGUGUCUUCUUUGUUGAAGGCUGGGGAAAAAUAUUAGGCCUGGGAUUCCUCAGCCAGACUGGCUCCUGGGCCAGGCCAGGCUUCAGGCCUGCUCCUGGGUUUCCCCCAGCAGACUGUGACCACUACACUUGCUACUCCAUUCUAGCCUACCACACUGUGACCCCUGACGCCUGGUUGCUGAGUCUGCCACCAAAUUGAUGGCUCCUUGAUUUCUUUAUUUUUUUUCUCCUCAAAUUUUCUAUAUUCUCAUCUUUAUUUUAUAA